AUGAACUCUGAAAGCGAGAGUAUCUAUGAUUAUAUUGUGUGCGGAGGCGGCACCUCCGGCUGUGUAGUCGCCGGUCGGCUUGCCGAGAAUUCUGAGAUUAAGGUUCUUCUUCUCGAAGCCGGACAGCAUAAUAAAGAUUUGGAGAAUGUGCAUAUGACUGGAGGGUGGUCGAAUAAUUUCGACGCGGAAACCGAUUGGAAUUUUGUUACCCCACCUAUGGUAGGGGUGGAUAAUCGCCAGGUCAAAUUGAGUCGUGGCCGAUUCCUCGGCGGUUGCAGUGGGUGCAAUGGCACAUUAUGCAUUCGUGGCUGUAAGCAGGACUAUGAUGAUUGGGGCCUAGACGGUUGGAGUGGCGAGGAUUUCUUCAAGUAUAUGAACAAGGCUGAAACCUUCCAUCCUAAGCCGUGGUUCCAAGCCGACAAGGAAAGCCACGGCUACUCGGGGCCGCUGCACACAGAGCCCCAUGACCUUGCGCCAAUCUCGAACCUGCUGCUUGACUCUUUUGUUUCGCAAGGAAUACCAUUGAACCAUGACAUGUUCAGCACUGGAGAUAUCCCCCACGGUUGUGGCCACGCGCCUCGUACGGUCUAUGAAGGAGUCCGGACGACUGGCGCCGAUUUCAUUACCAACAAAAACCACCGUGGAAACAUCACGAUCAAGACGAAUACAACAGUUGAUAAGGUUGUCUUCACAAACCACGGAGAGCAACUUCAUGCGUCUGGGGUAGCUACAAAGGCUUCUGAUGGUAGUUCGUUAAUCUACUAUGCUCGACAGGAAAUCAUCAUAUCAGGAGGGGCAUACUGUAGUCCUGCGGUUCUUCUUCGCUCGGGUAUUGGGCCAAAGGAAGAAUUGGCCAAACUCAAGAUCCCAUGUACAGUCAGCGCGCCUGGUGUCGGAAGGAAUCUUAUGGACCACCUUAUCGUCUUCAUGUUCUAUGAGACCGAACAAGCUGGACUCACCAACGAUCGCCACGUCUACCACGACGACAACUUCGACAAAACAUAUGCGGAAGGGAAAGAGAAAAAAAGCGGAUUCCUCUCGACCUUUCCAUUCGGCGCCUUCGCCUUUGCCCGAAUGGACGAUAGGUUGAAAGACGAGCCAUUGUGGAAGAAUGCACCUCGCCAAAUUGGGCGAGACCCCAUGGGCUUAACUCCUAAGCAGCCGAAUGUGGAAUUCUUCACUACGGAGUGCUAUGGUGGACCAAAGCAGUACGAUCAGUUCCCGGUCGACCAUAAGCACGCCUUCUCGAUGAUUGCGGAGCUAUUUGCGCCCAAGUCGCGCGGGUCGGUUACUCUGAAAUCGGCAGAUCCGAUGGAGAACCCCCUUGUUGACUGUAACUAUCUUGCCGAUCCUAUGGACGUGUUGGUUCUCAGUGAGGCUUGUCGAUUUGGCAAUGAGAUCGUCAUGAAUGGAGCUGGUACCAAGGAUAUUGUCAAGGGAUCAUGGCCUCCGAAUUUGUCUCACCACACCUACAAGACGAGAGAGGAGUGGGUUCCGUACAUCAAAGAGCAUGCUACCACUUGUUACCACGCUGCAGGAACAUGCGCAAUGGGAACGGAAGAUGACACCAUGGCCGUGCUGGAUGAGAAACUACAGGUUCGCGGUGUUGUAGGUCUGCGCGUGGCCGACUGCAGUGCCAUGCCAACGUUACACGGAGGACACACGCAGAUGCCGGCGUAUGGAAUUGGUGAGAAGUGCGCCGAUCUAAUCAAGGAUACAUUGCGAAUGGCUGGCAAUCUACAGCCGCAUUUAGGAUGUUGA